CUUCCCCUCAUCCUGAACCAUGGCGCCCCUCACCCACCCCUCUAUCCGCGAUGGCUGGUUCAGCGAGAUUUCCUCCCAGUGGCCGGGUCAGGCUAUGACCUUGCAAGUCAACAAAAUUCUCCACGUCGAGAAGUCCCUCUACCAGGACGUCCUCGUGUUUGAGUCGGCUACCUACGGGAAUGUCCUCGUUCUCGACGGUGUCAUCCAGUGCACGGAGAGGGAUGAGUUCUCCUACCAGGAGAUGAUUGCCCACCUCCCCCUCGCCAGCCACCCCAAACCGAAGAAGGUCCUUGUCAUCGGUGGUGGUGACGGUGGUGUCGUCCGUGAGGUCCUCAAGCACGAGUCCGUCGAGGAGGUCGUCCUCUGCGACAUCGACGAGGCUGUCAUUCGUGUCUCGAAGCAAUUCCUCCCCUACAUGUCCUCCCUCCUCGAGUCGCCGAAGGUCCGCGUCUUCAUCGGUGACGGCUUCAAGUUCCUCGCCGAGAACGAGUCGACCUACGACGUUAUCAUCACCGACUCCUCCGACCCCGUCGGCCCUGCGGAAUCUCUCUUCCAGAAGCCGUACUUCCAGCUCCUCCACGAUGCCCUCACCCCCGGCGGCCACAUCUCGACGCAGGCCGAGUGCUUGUGGCUCCAUACCCCCCUCAUCGCCGAGCUGAAGAAGAUGGCGGCCACGAUCUUCCCCACCGUCGAGUAUGCGUUCACCACCAUCCCCACCUACCCCUCUGGCCAGAUCGGCUUCAUGGUGUGCGCGAAGGCCGCCGACCGCGACCUCAGCACGCCCCUCCGCCAGGUCAAGGGCAACAUUUACUACAACGAGCAGGUGCACAAGGCUGCAUUUGUGCUGCCCGAGUUCGGUCGCCAGAUCUUGAAGGAGGGCACGAACCCGCUGCCUAAGUUUGGCCGUGAGGCGAAGGCGGUCUCGGCUGCGAACAAGCCGAAGCGGAAGGUACUCUUGCUCGGCAGUGGUUUCGUUGCCCUUCCCGCCGCGGAGUACGUGACGCGCGACCCCUCCAACGAGCUGACCAUCGCUUGCCGCACGCUCGCCAGUGCGCAGUCCAUGGCUGCCGGCCUUCCCUCCACCACCGCCAUCUCGCUGGACGUCAACAACGAGGAGGCGCUCAACAAGGCCGUCGCUGAGCACGACCUCGUCAUCUCCCUCAUCCCCUACACCUUCCACGCCCAGGUCAUCCAGGCCGCCAUCAAGGGCAAGACGAACGUCGUGACGACCUCCUACGUCUCCCCCGCUAUCCGCGCGCUCGAGCCCGAGAUCAAGGCCGCCGGCAUCGUCGUCAUGAACGAGAUCGGGCUCGACCCCGGCAUCGACCACCUGUACGCGGUGAAGACGAUCAGCGAGGUGCACGCAAAGGGCGGCAAGAUCAAGAAGUUCCUCUCCUACUGCGGCGGCCUGCCCGCGCCUGAGUGCUGCGGGAAUCCGCUCGGGUACAAGUUCUCGUGGUCGUCGCGCGGCGUGCUGCUCGCGCUCCUGAACAACGCGGCGUACAUCGACGGCGGGAAGAAGGUGGAGGUGUCGGGGAAGGACUUGAUGGGCCACGCGAAGCCGUAUUACAUCUCGCCGGCGUACGCGUAUGUGGCGUACCCGAACCGCGACUCGACGCCGUUUAGGGAGUUCUAUGGGAUCCCGGAGGCGGAGACGUGCGUCCGCGGGACGCUGCGGUAUCAGGGCUUCCCGGAGUUCGUGAAGGCGCUGGUGCAGACUGGGUGGCUUGACCAGGGCGAGAAGGACUGGCUCAAGGAGGGCUUGACCUGGGCGGAGAUAUAUGCGAAGGCUUUGGGAACGGCCGACGCGAACGAGGCGACCCUCGUGGCCAAGGUCAAGGAGCUCUGCCAGUUCCCCGACGAAUCCGAGGCGACGCGCAUCAUCUCCGGCAUGCGCUGGGUCGGCCUCUUCUCGAGCGAGCCCGCGCCUAUCCGCGCCUCCAACCUCCUCGACACGCUCUGCGUUCGCCUCGAGAAGCUCAUGGCUUACGAGCAGGGCGAGCGCGACCUCGUCAUCCUCCAGCACAAGUUCGUCGUCGAGUGGGCGGACGGGAAGGAGGACACGCUCACGUCGACGCUCGAGGCGUACGGGAGCCCGAUCGGGUACUCGGCGAUGGCGCGCACCGUCGGUGUGCCCUGUGGGAUUGCGGUGCAGUUGGUGCUGGACGGUGUGAUCAACACGCCUGGUGUCAUUGUGCCCUACACGCCGGAGAUUUGCGACCCUAUCCGGGAGGUGUUGGAGAAGGAGGGCUUGGGGCUGAUUGAGCGGGUGCUGUAGGUGUAUUUGGAUAUAGACGAUCGGAACGGUGAGAGGGUAGGCAGCUUUGUAUCAACUCUGUAAAGGCGCUGUAUCUCUAGAGUACGGCUCCUCCAAAAUUGAUGUAUUUUAGACGAA